AGAGCAUCAGUAUCUUGUGUGAGAAACACAGAACCUGGUAGGAGAGAGAAUGGGAGAGGAAGAAGGUGGGCAUGUUGAUGUUGGUUUGUUCGAGACAAAAGAAGCAAGAUUCAGAGGAGUUUACAAGGUAUUUGCAUCAACAAUAUUUGGCGCAAUAUGUUUAAUUUGGAUGUACAGAGUGGGAAACAUCCCCACAGUUAAAAGUGGGAAGUGGGCUUGGAUUAGUGUUAUGGUGUCAGAGUUAUGUUUUGGAUUGUACUGGAUCAUCACUCAAUCUGUUCGUUGGAGAAUCCUUCAGCAAACGCCUUUCAAACACACACUCUCACAAAGAUAUGACGAGGAGAAUUUACCAGCAGUGGACAUUUUUGUGUGCACGGCUGACCCCAUACUUGAGCCUCCAUGCAUGACGAUUAACACGGUGUUAUCAGCAAUGGCAUACAAUUAUCCUGCGAAUAAAUUGAGUGUGUAUCUCUCUGACGAUGGAGGCUCAGAGCUAACAUUCUAUGCUCUCUUAAAGGCCUCCAUUUUCUCCAAACAUUGGUUACCUUUCUGUAGAAGAUUCAAUGUUGAACCUAUGUCACCAGAGGCUUUCUUCGCUGCCCCUCAUUCUAGCAAUAAUAGCACUGAGUAUGGCCAAGCAUGGUUAUUUAUCAAGAAAUUAUACGAAGACAUGAAAAAUGAGAUUGAAUCAGCUGUAGCAAGGGGCAGGGUUCCAGAUAAUGUGAGGAAUCAGCACAAAGGAUUCUCAGAAUGGAAUCCAAAAACAACGAAGCAGGAUCACCAACCUAUCGUGAAGAUUAUAAUUGACGGAAGAGACACAAAUGCUGUAGAUGAAGACAGAUUUCAACUGCCAAGAGUCGUAUACAUGGCACGCGAAAAAAGACCCAACUACCCUCACCACUUCAAAGCUGGAGCUGUUAAUGCACUGAUAAGAGUGUCAUCCGAGAUAAGCAACGCCCCUUUCAUUCUCAACUUGGAUUGUGAUAUGUACCCCAAUACUGCAAAUACAAUUCAAGAAAUACUAUGCUUCUUCUUGGAUGAAACAAAAGGCCACGAUAUAGCUUAUGUGCAAUUUCCACAGAGCUAUAAUAACAUCACCAAGAAUGACCAUUAUGCAAAUUCUUAUCUUGUGAGCAGUAAGUUUGAGCUAGCUGGCAUAUGUGGAUAUGGAGCAGCCUUAUUUUGUGGAACUGGGUGUUUUCAUCGAAGAGAAAGUCUAUCAGGAGCUUACUUGAUAGAUUACAAAGCAAAAUGGGACAUCAAGCCUAAAAUAAAUGAUAAUAGAACAAUUAACGAAUUGAAUGAAGCAUCGAAGGCUCUUGCCACUUGCACCUAUGAGGAGGGAACUCAAUGGGGGAAAGAGAAGGGAUUAGUAUAUGGUAUUCCUGUGGAAGACAUAGCUACUGGCCUUGUAAUCUCAUGCAGGGGUUGGAAAUCGAUUUAUUACAACCCAGAAAGGAAGGCUUUUGUGGGCAUAGCUCCAACAACCUUGGAUGUAGCAUGUCUUCAACAUAUGAGGUGGUCAGAAGGCAUGUUCCAAGUUUUCUUCUCCAAGUAUUGCCCUUUCAUUUAUGGGCAUGGGAAGAUACACUUUGGUGUACAAAUGGGAUAUUGCAAUUACCUUUUAUGGGCUCCUAUGUCUCUGCCUACUCUCUGUUAUGUCUUUGUUUCUCCUAUUUGCCUACUUCGUGGCAUUCCACUGUUCCCACAGCUUUCAAGCAUAUGGGUCCUUCCAUUUGCAUAUGCAUUUCUCGCUACAUAUGGCUUUAGCUUGUGUGAGUAUUUGAUUUGUGGGUCCACGGCAAAGGGUUGGUGGAACUUGCAAAGAAUUAAAUUCAUCCAUAGGACCACCUCGUAUCUCUUUGGUUUCAUUGACACCAUGAAAAAGCAAUUAGGACUGUCACAGACAAAAUUUGUCAUCACGGAUAAAGUGGUUACUAAGGAUGUCCAAAAGAGGUAUGAGCAAGAGGUCAUUGAAUUUGGAGGCUCUUCAAUCAUGUUAACCAUAUUAGCUACAGUGGCAUUGCUAAAUCUUUUUGGUCUCCUUUGGGGAAUGAAGAGGAUUAUGAUGGAUUUGGAAUUCAGCUCUAGCCAAUUGAUGAUGCAGAUUACACUGAGUUCAUUGGUGGUAAUGAUCAGUUUACCAGUGUAUGAGGCACUUUUCAUUCGUAGUGAUAAAGGUUGCAUACCAUCUUCAGUUAUGCUCAAGUCCAUUGUCUUGGCUUCAUUAGCCUGUUUCCUAGCACCUUUCAUUUGCUAAUCUAGCUAAAUGUCAAAGUACAAUACUGAAAGUGUGGUUCAUACUCACUAGUGAUAAGAAUCUUUCUUAGUUCCUAGUUUGGCUUCAUUGACUUGAAGCUUUAAGUAUGUGCGCUAAUUAUCUUUAUUAGAGUACUUUGGUUUCAUGUAUCUAAACAUACAUCUAGCCACUAUUAUUUGAUCAUGGAAACCGGACAUUGAGAUUCCCAAUAUUUGAUUUACAAGAAAUACUAGCAAUGCACAUUUCAAUAUUAUAUAUUU